CAUAAAGUUAUUACCACUACAGGAUAGGGUUGGAGCUCUGAGCGAGAUGGUUUGAUUGAUCGGGGGGUUCAGUAGCCUAUUUGUGGGCCGGGCACUUGCGCGAGACAUGGGAGGAGCAGAAGGAAGACGCUCUGCGGAGAACGCAUGCAGGGUGUCAGCACAUAACAAGCAUACGUAAUCUAGGAGAACCCCCCUUCCGGCAACGACCACUUUUCCCUAUCCCUGCAUUUUAUGGAAGUAGGCCCUACCAGAUUUUCAAACAACUUUGUCCUUCCCCCCUUGUGUGGUCACCAGUUAGUCGCGGAUGUGCCACUGUAAAAGGGGAGGGGGGAUAGAUUUUCCCCAAUAGCCGCGUCUGUUUUGCUCGGCGCUGAGUGACAUUCCUGUGGGUCAAAGAUCGCUUUCAUUUGCUGGUAUGGAAACUCGCGGCUGCGGCAGUUGAACGCCUAUUUAAUUAAGAAGCGAAAGCGAGGGAAAUAAGGAGCUGAUCAUGGCCAACGCAUAAAGAAUGGACUUGCUUGUGCCGCAGUCAUGGCCAGAUCCGCCAACAGAUGCACUCAGGAAGGCGAUUCCAGAGUGUCAGUCCCGUCGGAACGGGCAGAGGCCCGGGACUUCGUCGAACCUCGGGAACUGUCUCUUGAAGAAGUGCUGAAAUCCUACGAGCAGCCCAUAAAUGAAGAGCAAGCUUGGGCGGUGUGCUAUCAGUGCUGCAGUUGGCUUAGGGUGCCGCGCCUGAACCGCGCAGAAGACAGAACAGUUUACCAGGUGAAAGAUCCAUCUUCAAUAUUCCUUCACAGAGACGGUACUGUUUCUCUGCAUCCGGAGCUCUGGAACAGUAACGAUGACACAGAGGCACUGUCCUACCCGCCUGUUGCUGAAAGCCAGUUGGUUCAGUCCCUGGGAGUGGCCAUCUACAAGGCCCUGGACUGGGGAUUGGACGAGAGUGAGGAGCGGGAGCUGAGCCCCCAGCUGGAGCAGCUCAUUGACCGCAUGGUCGGGGGGGUCGAAUCCACCGAAGGUGGGAGUGAACCUGGGGGCAAUAGUGCAACCGACGAAGGCUACAGUGGUCAAGAGGAAGAAGAGGAGGAGGAGGAAGGCGAGGUGGCGACUCGUGCAGUGCGCACCUUUCGUCAGGUGAUGGCGCUGUGUGGAACCAGGCUAGCAAACCCAACCCUCGCCCCGGAGCACUACCAGUCGGUGUGCAGGGCCCUGUUUCUGGAGACCUUAGAGCUGCAGACCUUCCUGAGUAAGAUCAGAGAUGCCAAAGAGAUGCUGAAGAAGAUCCGCACGGAGGACAGCCAGGAGGACCGGAGCGCAGCAGAACUGGACGCCCUCAAACACACAGACUGGGCUCGUCUGUGGGUGCAGCUGAUGAAGGAGCUGAGGCAGGGGGUGAAGCUGAAGAAGGUGGAGGAGCAGCCCUUCAACCCGCUGCCCACCGAGUUCAGCCUCACGCCCUUCGAGAUGCUCAUGCAGGACAUCCGCUUGCGCAAGUACAAGCUGCGCAAAGUCAUGGUGGAUGGUGAUAUUCCCACGAGGGUGAAGAGAAACGCACAUGAACUCAUCCUGGAAUUUAUCCGCUCCAGACCACCUCUAAAACCUGUGUCAGAGCGCAGCUUGCCCCCACCACCACAGCGGCCGCAGUCCCUCCAUGAUCGCGUCCUGGAGGGGAUCCGACAGGAACGCAAGCUCAGGCCUGUGGAUCCUCCCAACUCUAAGAGACCCUUCGGCUCUCUGCCUUGCCUGGCACACACCUGCUUGUGUGACAUGAAGUCCACUUCCUGUAUAGACCUGUCUGUCACAGAGCUUGGGACACGCCCCCCCUCCCGCCCCAGAGUCCUGCUCAAAGCACCGACUCUGCAGGAGAUGGAAGAGAUGAACAUCUUUGAGGAGGAAGACUCUCCGGGCAGUGGGGAGAUGCGCCGGGCGGAGAGCUCCCCCACACCCCUGAAGCGGGACCGCUCCUUCUCGGAGCAUGACCUGGCCGAGCUGAGGGGGGAGAUCCUGCCCUCGCUGUCCGAGUCUGGGCACCUGGGCGGCCCUGUGGUGCUGAGGGGAGAGAGGCCUCGCGCCAACACGCUGGGAGGGGCCUGGCCGCUCCCCACGUACAGAGCCUCUUUUCCUGUUGCUGGCUGGAUGCCGUCCUCUCCGGCUCGCUGCUCCCUGAGUUCAGUGGAGGAGGCGUCAGAAGGGGUGGGGAGUGUCUCUCCCUCUCGAGGGGCCAGCAAACGCCAGUGGAUGGAGGAGUUCAGUCACCCUGUGGAGAGCCUCACAUUAACAGUGGAUGAGGUCAUUAACGUGCGCCGAGUGCUGGUGAAGGCCGAGAUGGAGAAGUUUCUGCAGAACAAAGAGCUCUACAACAAUUUGAGGAAGGGCAAGGUAUGCUGUUGCUGCCGGGUGAAGUUUCCACUCUUCUCUUGGCCAUCCACUUGUCUUCUGUGUAAAAGGUCUGUCUGCAGUUCUUGCAGUGCAAAGAUGAAGAUCCCUUCCAAGAAGAUGGCGCACAUUCCUGUUUACACCGUCGGCUUCCACAGCAGCCCUAGGAGCCAGCAUCGCAAGAGCGAGGUCUACAAAUCUCUGCGCUCUCUCUCUCGUCGGUCGGUGGAGGAGGAGUUCCCACAUCUAUACGCUCACGGCUGCAGCUUGCGGGACGUGUGCGCCGAGUGCACCAAGUUCGUGGCCGACGUCAUCUCCUCCAGUCGCCGCAGCUUGGACAUCCUCAACAACACCCCCAAGAGGGAGAAGGCGCCCCCCACUGUGUCCUCAGCCCCUACCUCCACCUCAGCUAACCAGCACCCUCAGACUCAGCACCUGGCCCAGCCCACGCCACACCCACAAACACCAUCCACGCCCAGGAAGAAGAUCAAGUGAACCCCCCACCCCACCACCACCCCAUAGACAUACAUUGACCGCCUGUUUGACUGACUAAUGAAAGACCCCCAGCUUUAAUAAUAAUUUUAAAAAAAACAUUAACACCUUCCAUGGCAGACCUCAGAUGGACUGACUGACUGACUCUGAUUGAGUGCUGUUCUGACAAUCGAAUGAACUAUCGCACUUGACUACUAACGCUUCUGCUUUGAAUGGCAGUCUGUUUGAAUGAUUGAUUACAUCAUCGAAACUGAUCAAAGGGUUUUAACACAUAGAUCUGCUGAUUAACUGGAACUUGUACGCAAUCCCAGUUGCCCCAUUAGUGCACUGCUCAGUAUGCCCCCCAACUCCACACAUGCUGCCCUCUUUGCCUCAGCCCUGCCCCCCUCCCUCCCUCCGUGCCCCCAGCAUAUGCGCUUGUCUGAUGUUGCUGCACCCCAUUCAGGCUGUGUUCCAGAGCUGGACGUAUAGGGCAGACCAGCGAACGCCAUCUCUGCCUUAGCUCUUCUUUCCCUUCACACUGGCCCUUCACCUCUCUGCACAUGUUUGGAUAAAGAGUAACCGAAGAGUAGGAUAACAGAAUUGAAGAGGAGCAGGGUUAUCCUAAAUGAAAACUCCUAGUUGCCUUGCAUUUUUUAUGUUUGAAUGUAUUAAUUUAGCUAUUGAUAAGCAAACCUGGCACCUCUCCAAUACACAGCCCCUUAGCACUAAAAAGGCAAUGUUGGCCUAGACUGUUGUGUGACAGACGUGGUGAUCCCCAGGAGGAAAAAGAAUGGACUUUGGACAUGACUGCCAGAUCAACGAGCUACUCCGAGCACUUCUGAACUAUUUUUAAAACUGAUGAAAAAAGAACUUCACCCAUGAUGGUGGGCGCUAGUGUGCUUUGCCACCACUGUGCGACUAUCUGAAUGUAGAUAGAGACAGUAACAUACUUGACAUUUUGGCAGAGAGUUUCUGAGCAAAAAGUCUGUCGCCUCAGCACCUUACUGAACCCAAGCUCUCGAGUUCCUCUGCAGAAAGAGGCUGGAUGUCCUCCUUGCCCUGCCCGCCGUUACCCUCACCAACUCUCCACAUGGUCUUGUGUGAUCUGCUUGUAUUUUGUAAACACCUCAACUGCAAUAAAUCAAACUGAAAAAGUG